CAAGACAUACACAAGUUACAAGUGUUGGUAGUUCUCUACUGUCAAGUAAUCAUGUUAAACCUUGUUCAACUUCGACAUGGACUGUUAUUCAGAUCAGCAGUUUAAAAUUCAGCUUCCUUUGGCUGCGGGAGAGUAGGACCAGGAGUGGAAAGAGGAAGACCAGCCCUGAUGUGGAGACACCACAGCAGAGGAAGAAGGGCUCUAAGUCUGCCUCUGGAAGCCUCACUGAUAUAGAUGUCAGGAUGAAAACAAGAAAGAGACCAGCCUCUGGAUAUCAGGAGGGCUCAAGGAAGAGGCAGAGGACCUCUCAGACUAAACCCUGCAACAUCUCUGGAGACUUUGUCAGGGUGGGCAAGAGGAAGAGGAAGGCUGCCAAAAAUGGAGGGAGACAGAUGAAGAGACAGAGAGUCUCUGACCUGAAGCAGUACAAAGAGGAAAGAGGGGAUGCCACCUCAUCAUCACUGGAAGCUGCAACACUCAGAAAGGAGAAGAAAGACUCUGGUGUAAAGCAGAGGGACAACAACACCCCAUUCACUUCUGAAGAUACCAGCAGACAGCAGUUUGAAGUGAAAUACCACCAGCUUAACCUGCUGGGUGAGGGAGGCCACGGAUCUGUUUAUGCUGGUUACAGGAAAGUAGAUCAUUUCCCUGUGGCUAUAAAACACAUUCCCAGGGACAAUGUGAUCUGCAAACACAUCAUACAGAACAGCAGGACGCUCCCUCUUGAGGUGGCUGUCAUGAGAAAGAUGGUCAGUGGAGCAGCAGGAUCAGUAGGGAAAUCUGCCGCCAUUUCCCUACUAGAUUACUAUGAUCUAGACCAGGAGCUCAUCCUGGUCCUGGAACGUCCAGUCCCCUCCACUGACCUUCUGAAAUACAUUGAGAUCAAAGGGGGGUCCCUGCAGGAGAAGGAGGCUAGACUUCUUCUUAAGCAGCUGGUCGAAGCAGCCAGGGAGCUUCAGUCUAAAAACAUCUUCCACCGGGACAUCAAGGUGGAAAACAUUUUGAUUGAGACCAGCACUGAUGUCCCACGCUUGAGAUUGAUUGAUUUCGGCCUUAGCUGCUUCACCAAGAAGACCUCAACCUACAGGAUCUUCUAUGGUACCUCGGCACACAUCCCACCAGAAUGGUACAGAUGCGGGACCUACAGGGCUGGUCCCGCCACAGUGUGGCAACUGGGACUGGUCCUGUACGACAUGCUGCACAGGGACACAUGCUUCGAGACAAUGAGGUUUCUGAGCAAUGAACUCAAGAUCAGUGACGAGUUAUCUCAAAAUUGCCAGGAUGUGUUGUGCCUGUGUCUGGCUGAAGACCCUCAGCAGCGUCCCUCUCUGGAGCAGCUCCGGCUUCACCCCUGGUUGGCAUGAGCCAGCCUGACAGCAAGCCUGGACCCACCUUGUGCCAGACCACCCAUAUCCUCUUUCCUUCACUGUCACCCCCUACCCUUACACUCUAUCCUCUACCCCUUACUCCCUCUCCCCUAUCCCUUACUCCCUAUCCCUUAACCCCUAUC